AAGGAAUCAUCAUGACUGCUCGUAGAGACAGCAGGUUGAGAAGUAUGCGUAUAUAGCGGGGCGGCGAAUCUUGUAUUCAUGCGCGGCCCUUUGCAACACACCCUCUCCGCGCAGGCGCACCACUUCUGUCGCGUUCUUCGCAUUCGUCGCUCCUUCACCAGCAACCAGGCUCUCCCAAUAUUCAUUUGCAGCUGCUUCAGACGAGAUGGGUCUUCCGUGGUCUGUCCAACAGGCGAUCUAUACAGCAUUCUGUGGACUGGGCUUCAUCCUGUCGUACAUUCCACUGUACUGGCAUCUCGAAGCAUGGAACAUGGGUGCUGUGCUGUGGGUCUUUUGGUCGGGCACCGGCUGCCUCAUCUAUUUUGUCAACGGUAUAAUAUGGCACGACAAUACGAUUGACUGUGCCCCGGUAUGGUGUGAUAUCGUCACGCGUUUCAUGCAAGCGCAGCCUAUUGGCACGACGAUUGCAUCCGCUCUCAUCAACCAUCGGCUGUAUAAGCUGACUAAGCUUUCUGUGACGCAUACUACUGCCGCAGAUAAGCGCAGGAUGGGAAUCAUAGACCUAAGCAUCGGCCUCGGCAUUCCUGCAAUAUUCAUGGGCACAUACUGGUUUGUCCAGGGGCAUCGCUUUGAUAUCUUCGAAGGUGUUGGCUGCGCUCAGGACUCGCCCCUCACGUAUGUUUGGAUAUUCACGUACGGUAUCUGGCCAACGAUAAUUACCACCAUAUCUGCUUGUUUCGGCGUAAUGACGAUCCUUGCCUUCAUGAGACAUCGCAAAGAAAUCGACAUUCUAGUCUCUGAGAAGCAUCGCAGCCUUACCUCCUAUCGCUACUUUCGCCUAAUGGUCUUCGCCUCCGUCGACGUUCUCUUCCUGCUUCCCCUCACCAUCUUUCUCCUUUUCGAAGUCGUCACGACCCAAGACUUAUACCCCUGGAACGGCCUCGCGGACCUGCAUUUUGACUUUUCGAAUGUCCUACAAAUACCUGCCGACUCAUGGCGCGCGCGACAGGGCACGAUCAACCAGGUGCUCACCGCACCGGGGACAGCCAUUGGCUCCUCACUCGUUUUCUUCGCGUUCUUCGGCAUGGCGAAAGAGGCGCGCGUACACUACCGCAAGGCAUUCAACGCCCUCCGUAGGAAAUGCGGUGCACUCUGCGCACGGCCACGCUUCGUCGGCGAGAAGCUGCCCAGCACACCCGAGCCCCCGCGCGCUGGCGGCGGCGGCAUCAGCCACUUGUCGAUGCCGAGCUUUGUGCAGCGCAUCCCUACCGCGCUCGGCCUACACAAGAAGAGGAGCGGCUCGCUCUCGUCUGUGUUCUCCAUCUCCGUCACCGUCGAAGACCUCACCGUCUCCGACGUCGAGCUCGGCGCGGCGCGCCCGCCAGCCGCCGCGCGGAAACCAACGCGUCAGGUGUACGAUAAUGAGGACGUGCCAACGUCGGAGCUCGACGAUGGCUAUGGCGCGCCGAUGUUGAGCAGGCCGCCUGGCCUGGUGCCGGUGCGGCACGACAGUCUCCCCAUGACCCCUGACAGUCGCUUGCAGCGGCCCCCCAGCCACUCCUUCCACGGCCCACGUUCGGUUACCAGUACGAUGAACACUUUGGACGCCCUGUAGCAUAGCUUCGUCGCCCACCCACCUCGCGCCUGCUUCAUGUAGUACCGGUGUUGUAAUUUUGUCUUUUGUCUUCGCAU